CGUUGCUCAAAGACAAGCUGAAGUAGCUUGAACUUCUGAACCGGAAACUUGCUUCUGGAGAGCCGUGGGUCAAACUCUUGAACUAGUGGAGACUGGAUAGUUCAUCUGUUCUUCAGGCCUAAAAGCAGAGAAGAUGUCCUUCCUCCUGCAGCAGAUGUUGGGGGACAAACUGAAGAACAUGACAGGAGGAGGAACCACCGAUGGAGAGGAGAGCGAGGGCGGGAAAGAGUCGGCGGCGUCUAAAGGAAUGAGCAGAGAAGAGUUCGAGGAGUAUCAGAAACAACUGAUUGAGGAGAAAAUCACCAGGGACAAGGAGUUUGCAACAAAAAAAGCCGAGCGAGCAAACUUACGAGUGCUGAUGCGUGACAAAUACAGAAUACCACAGAGUGCUCAAGAUGAAGCCACCGUGCAGAUGGCCGGAGACGACCUGGACAUUCCCGAGGAGCUGGCGAAGAUGGUGGAUGAAGACGAGGAACAGGAAGAGAUGAAUGAUUCUUUUCUGGGAAAACUCCAGAACAUGGACGUGGACUUUGAUUCGAUCAAAGCCAAAGCUCAGAGCACGAUGACGGAGGUGAAACAGGUGGCGGAAGAAAAAUGUGUCAUGAUGUGAUAAUAAAGUUAAACAAACCAACAAGCGUGUAUUAAAAAAAAUCUAUAUUUUUUUUAAUAAUAAAGGAAUAUUUUACUCAAAUGGAAAUUCCGUCCACAUUUCAUCACCUUUUACCUCUAG